AGCCUCGGCUUGACGCCACUGCACACCGCCGCUCAUUGGGGCCAUUCUGACACAGCAGUCCUGCUGCUCGACGCGGGCGCGCGGGUCAACGAUCGCGCGGGGACAAGCGACACCGCGCUGCACUUCGCAGCCCGGCGCAAUAAUUCCAAGAUGUGCAAGCUUCUCCUGAGUCGCGGCGCGUCGCUGGACGCGCGCAACAACGACGGCGACGACCCC